AUGGACGGCGUCUGGUACCAAAUCCUCUCGCUGCCCCGGCUCUUGUCGCACCUCGAGAUCAAGCACGACAUGCCCUGCCCCGACACCGUCUGGGCCAUCGAGACAGCCGCAGACUGGGCGCACUACCGCCUACUCGCCAGUCACCGGAACGAAGCCAGCCUGGAGACCAUGCAAUAUUCUGAAUCCGUGCGCCACAUGUUUGCUAUCCCGGAUCUCGAUCGCAAACAUUUCCCUCACCUAGGUCUGCAGGGAGUGAUGAACGUCAUCAAUUUCAUUUCGUCGAGUUUGAGGGAGGUGUCGGGUUGGUCGACAAUGACGGGGAGCGUGAGCAUGGAGAGACCCGAGAUGCUUCGGAAACCGCUGGCCGCAUUGAGACAUGUAUUCGAUGGCCUGCUGCCGAGUCAACCUGGUGCUGACGAUCGGAUACUGGUCGAAGCUACCUGGCGAAUGGCGAUGCUGGAGAUGCUCUCGUGGAGUCCGUCGCACAUGCGAGGGAUCAUCGAAUCUAGCUUGGAGGGAGCCGUAGCUACUGCUGCCUACCUCGCCUCAACACAGGACCUCAUCAUCCACCCAGAGAUCAAGCAGAAUCUCAUCCCGCAUAUCGAGUGGUUUCUGCUUUACCUCGAUGACACGACGGACGUCAUUCAAGAAUCCCCCCUUGUCGCCCUCUACGCCUGGCGAGCUUUCUUGAUCGCAUGGCAAUUGCUUCAACAAGAGACGUCCGGUAGUUUCGGCUGCAUGAGCGUCAUCGGAAUUCAAGCUGGAAACUCGCAUGCCGCUCGCCUCUGGGUCGAGGAGGUCUUCAAUCGACGUCGAAAGUGGUUGAUUGGACAGGCAGUCUUGCGAAACAUCUACGUGCUCUAG